AAUGCGCCGCCUGGGCUCCGUUCAGCAGAAGAUCCCGUGUGUUUUUCUGACGGAGGUGAAAGAGGAACAGUCCAGAAAACGAGGCGGUCAGCAAUUUCAGGUGGUCGCCACAGAAAACGUGAACCCUGUUGCUCUGGAGGCCAGCAUCGAUUGUGCACUCGCAACCGAAAAAAUAGAUGGCACCUGCUGUUAUGUUACAGCUUAUAAAGGGCAGCCUCACCUCUGGGCUCGACUCGACAGGAAACCUAACAAACAGGCAGAGAGGAGGUUCAGAAAGUAUCAGUACUCUCACAGGAGCUCUAAAGGUUUCACAUGGAACGUAGAGGAAGAUUUUAAGAUGAUGCCAGAGACGUGGAUCCCAGCCCACAGAGUCAAACAUCACAGUGGCCAUCCAGUGCCUGACGAACAUGGACACAUUCCAGGCUGGAUUCCGGUAGAGAAGGACAACAAACAGUACUGCUGGCACUCCUCUGUGGUGGAUUCUGACAUCGGUACAGCUCUGAUUCUCAGGCCCAGCUCUGACCAUGAAGACAUGCUAGAAGUUGCAGCGGUCCCGUUGGCUGACCUCAUGGAACAAACGCUGGAGCUAAUUGGAACCAACGUCAACGGAAACCCUUAUGGAUUGGGGAAUAAGAAGCAGCCGAUCCACUGCCUCGUGUCACAUGGGAGUGUUCGAAUCAGAAACCCUCCCCCUGUUGACUUCGAGCAGCUGUGCUCUUGGUUUCAGGAGAAUCCAGAGGGCAAAGCUGAGGGCAUCGUCUGGCACUGCAAUGACGGUACGCUCAUUAAGGUGCAUCGUCAUCACCUGGGACUGAGGUGGCCAGACGGGGAGACCACUCUUGGGGACAGGUCGGUGGUCAUUAAUGUUGAUGGGACGGUUGAUGAAUACAACAAUAGCAAGGACUUGUUUGCUUCCUUCAACAGACUGAAUGGACAAUGUUUUAGCCGACUGACAGACAUCCAGUUUGACUUUCCUUUUUCCGAAGCUUCUGCUGUGACCCUGUAAGAUUUGUCACUUUGGUGAGAGCUGCCAGAUAUUUUUGCCAAUAAUUCCAGAUGUAUACAGAGGAAUCUGUUAAAGUUUGACAUUUGCAGAAGUGUGUACAGCUUUAGUGUAAACAAAAAACUGACCAACUGGACAUUUUUUCAAAAAGUGAAGUUGUUCAAAAUGUUCCAUUAAUAUCCUGUAAAUACUGUAUGUUUAAGGUAUUUCAUUGCUAAAUGAA